AUGUCCCAGGAACCGUAUAAGUUACCCGAGACCUGGAAGAAUUUCACCGAAUUAACACAGAGUUAUGGAUUUAAGGCGGAAACUUAUGAAGUCAUUACAGAAGAUGCGUAUAUUCUGCAGCUAUUCCACAUUCCCGGAUCAAUUAAACCACCGAUACUACUCAUACAUGGAUAUGUAGAUUCAGCAGACACCUGGGUUAUUCGAGGCGAAAAUUCCCUUGGUAUCACUCUGGCGCGAAAGGGCCACGACCUAUGGUUUGCCAACUGCAGAGGCAAUCAUUAUUCCAGAAAACACCUCCGACUUAACCCUGAUAGGGACGUUUCUUUUUGGGAAUUCAGUUUCCAUGAAAUGGGUUACUAUGAUGUGCCUGCUCUAAUUGAUACAGUUCUGAAUAAAACGCAAGUGAAAAAAUUAAAUCUUAUAGGACACUCCCAGGGCAAUACAGUGUUCUACGUCCUAGGUUCCACUAGACCAGAAUAUAAUGGCAAAGUUAAUUUAGCCAUCGCUCUAUCGCCUGUGUGCUUCUUUCACAAGUCAUCGUCUCCGAUGUCGUUGUUUCUACAGUAUUAUCCAUUAACAGACUCGCUUCUGAAACUGUUUAACAUAAAUGAAUUUUUUGGGUACAACAGUUUGGUCGUCUGGAUAUUACGAAAGAUAUGUUCUCUGCCUAAUAUAGGGUACGAAAUAUGUAUAGUCCUCGGAAUGUCCUUCAUAACCGGUGCAGAUAUUGAUGAGUUCGAAGAAGGCUAUCACGUGAGACACUUCUAUUAUUAUCCUGCUGGAGCAUCAAGUAGGUCUUUCGUACAUUAUGAGCAAGUGGGGACGAGUCAGAAGUUUGCAAAAUUUGAUUAUGGUAGAAUAGGAAACAUGGCAAAGUAUAAAUCACCGGAACCGCCAGUAUACGAUUUGUCAAAGGUUACAAUGCCGAUAGUACUGUUAGCUGGUAGGAACGAUUAUCUGUCGUCACUGGAUGAUGUGGAAGUAUUGAGGAGUAAGCUGCCAAAUGUAGUAGAGUUUGUCGUGCUACCGUAUCAGAAAAUGAAUCACGUUGACUUUAUAUGGGGAAGAAAUGCUAAAAAAUAUCUCUUUCCCUACAUUUUCAAGGGCAGGGUAGCUCAGAUUCCUCCAGAAAGGCGCGUGAGGCCGCCACUGGCGGCGGAUGAUAGGACUGGGGGGAUGGCGGUUAGCCAAGUGCUAACCGAGGACUUCCCUCAACUCCCGCCUUCAAAGGCUACUAAGAGGGCCAAGGCUGCGAAUAAAAACCAGGGCGAAACGCGGGCUGUUGCACAGCCUGUGGGUACCGGUCUGGCCCCAAAGGCCAAUCCAGGAAAAGGAGGAAAGAAGGCGGAGCGGCGUCCCGAAAGGGUUGCCUCAUCUACGUCUUCCGCUCCCCAGCAGCAACCGCCUAAGCAAGGGUGGACUCUGGUGGAGAGGAAGAAGAAGAAGAAGAAAAGCAAGGCGGAGGCUAAAGCACGAAAAAGGGCUCCUAAACUCCGCUCUCCCUCGUCCUCGGCUGUGGUCAUAACCCUGCAGCCGGAUGCGGAGAAGCGCGGAGUCACAUACGCCUCUGUAAUGACUGGGUCUCGACAAAAGAUCGACCUCGCGGCGAUCGGUGUCAGCGCCCUGCGCUUUAAGCGUGCCGCCACUGGGGCCAGAAUUUUAGAAAUUCCAGGCACUACAAGUGCUAAGGAGGCGGACGCCCUUGCUGACAAACUGCGGGAGGUGUGGGACGAGGAUACUAUCAAGGUAUCCAGACCGGUAAAGUGCGCGGAUUUGCGGGUCACCGGUCUUGAUGAUUCGGUAGCUGCCGAGGAAGUUGCAGCUGCAGUCUCCCGGGGUUGUGGCGUAUCCUACUCAGGAUGGGUAGAUGAUAGAUGGGCGAGAGGAGGGUGUCGUGCGGUGUUCCACAGGGUUCAGUCCUCGGACCCCUCCUGUGGAACAUUGGAUACAACUGGGUCCUGCGCGCCGCAAAUCUCCCAGGCGUCGGCGUAA